AACGUUCAACAACUCCGCGGGGUCUUCCUGUUUCGUGUCCGCUGCGUUUGGGUUCCGGUCUCCGCUUCUCCAGUGGCCCGGGUGACUCUACCGCAGCGUCUGGCGCGCCGGGACCUGCACAGGCCGGAGAGAGCCGUAGGCAGGACCCCGGGACACUCUGGAAGCCAGGAAAUGGUGCGUGUGCGGGGCCGGGCGUCUGGAGACUGGGGGAGGGGCUUGUGGGAACCGGCCGGAACCGGCUGUGGAAGCACCCUGGCCUCCCUGCAGCGACUCCAGGGUCUGAGACCCGAGUUCCCUGGCACAGCUCGGCCCUCUGUCCCCUCGGCCGCAGGGUGGGUUGGGCCGCAGCCAGUACCGCGGGCGUCCUGUCCCGUCCCUGCGCGGCGACUGCGGCCCCGGCCUCGGAGCCCUCUCUGCGCAGCUCCGCGCUCGCAGCCCCGCCUCUCUCCAGAUUGUUUGUGCCGGGACACGGGAGGGUCACAAGGCGGAAUCCCGUCUCGGGUGUGGGGUUCGUGCAUGGGAGGAGCUGUGGGCUGUGGCCUUCCCAGUACAUCUUGUUUUUUUCCGGGGGACUGGUCUCCCUCCGAGUCUUCCAAACGUACUGGAAAAAGAAUCUCAAACCUACGACUCCCGUUUUUUUAGCCUAGCUUUUACUAGGGCUGGGAAUAAAUGCCUAAAUUUCCGGUUCCUUCCCCCCAUUCCCUUCCUUCGCCAAAUCAACAUUAUCAGCUGUUUUUUGUUUUACAUUUAAGGCACAGUAUUUUAGUUGUUUAUAGUUUCUUUCACCAUACUCUUUUGAAAGGAUUUGUUUUCUGUUUGUGGAUUUUUUUUUUCUUUUCAGACAGAGUUUCGCUCUGUCGCCCAGGCUAGAGUGCAGUGGGAAGAUCUCAGCUCACUGCAACCUUCGCCUCCCGGGUUCAAGCAAUUUUCCUGCCUCAGCCUCCCGAGUAACUGGGAUUACAGGCAUGCGCCACCACGACCGGCUACUUUUUGUAUUUUUGGUAGAGACUGGGUUUCGCCACGUUGUCCAGGACUCAGUGGCCUCUGAGGAUGUGGCUGUGAACUUCACACUUGAGGAGUGGGCUUUGCUGGAUCCUUCCCAGAAGAAACUCUACAGAGAUGUGAUGCGGGAAACCUUUAGAAACCUGGCCUGUGUAGGAAAAAAAUGGGAAGACCAGAGCAUUGAAGAUUGGUACAAAAAUCAGGGGAGAAUUUUAAGCAAUCAUAUGGAAGAGGGACUCAGUGAAAGUAAAGAAUAUGAUCAAUGUGGAGAAGCCUUUAGUCAGAUUCUCAAUCUUAAUCUGAACAAGAAAAUUCCUACUAUAGUAAGACCAUGUGAAUGUAGUUUGUGUGGGAAAGUCUUCAUGCAUCAUUCAUCUCUUAGUAGGCACGUCAGAUCUCACCUUGGACACAAACCAUAUGACUAUCAGGAAUAUGGAGAGAAACCAUAUAAAUGUAAGCAGUGUGGGAAAGCCUUCAGUUCUUGUCAAUCCUUUCGAAGACAUGAAAGAACUCACACUGGUGAGAAACCCUACGCAUGUCCGGAAUGUGGGAAAGCCUUCAUUUCUCUCCCAAGUGUUCGAAGACACAUGAUUAAGCACACUGGAGAUGGACCAUAUAAAUGUCAGGAAUGUGGGAAAGCCUUUGACCGCCCCAGUUUAUUUCAAAUACAUGAAAGAACUCACACUGGAGAGAAACCCUAUGAAUGUCAGGAAUGUGCGAAAGCUUUCAUUUCUCUUCCAAGUUUUCAAAGACACAUGAUUAGGCACACUGGAGAUGGACCUUAUAAAUGUCAGGAAUGUGGAAAAGCUUUUGACCGCCCCAGUUUAUUUCGAAUACAUGAAAGAACUCAUACUGGAGAGAAACCCCAUGAAUGUAAACAGUGUGGGAAGGCCUUCAUUUCUUUCACAAAUUUUCAAAGUCAUAUGAUUAGGCACACUGGGGAUGGACCUUAUAAAUGUAAAGUAUGUGGGAGAGCCUUUAUUUUUCCCAGUUAUGUUCGAAAGCAUGAAAGAACUCAUACUGGGGAGAAACCCUAUGAAUGUAAUAAAUGUGGUAAAACCUUCAGUUCUUCCAGUAAUGUUCGAACACAUGAAAGGACUCACACUGGAGAGAAGCCCUAUGAAUGUAAGGAAUGCGGGAAAGCCUUCAUUUCUCUCCCAAGUGUUCGAAGACACAUGAUAAAGCACACUGGAGAUGGACCUUAUAAAUGUCAGGUAUGCAGUAGAGCCUUUGACUGUCCCAGUUCAUUUCAAAUACACGAAAGAACUCACACUGGAGAGAAACCCUAUGAAUGUCAGGUGUGUGGGAAAGCCUUCAUUUCUCUUAAAAGGAUUAGAAAGCAUAUGAUACUGCACACUGGAGAUGGACCUUAUAAAUGUCAGGUAUGUGGUAAAGCCUUUGACUGUCCUAGUUCUGUCCGAACACAUGAAAGAACUCAUACUGGAGAAAAACCCUAUGAAUGUAAAGAAUGUGGGAAGGCAUUCAAUUAUGCCAGUUCCAUUAGAAUACAUGAAAGAACUCAUACCGGAGAAAAACCCUAUGAAUGUAAGCAGUGUGGAAAAACGUUCAGUUAUUCCAGUUCCUUUCAAAGACAUGAAAGAGCUCAUAAUGGAGAUAAACCCUAUGUAAGGAAUGUGGGAAAGCUUUCAUUUAUCACACAACCUUCGAAUACCUGUGAAAAUGAAUAGUGGAGGACAGUUCUACAAGUAUCUACAUAUCUAAAGAAUAUGGAAAGUCUUCAGUUUGCUUUCUGGGUUUUGGACUUGUUUGGGAGCUCACCCCUUUCUCCUGUUUCUCACUUUUGGAAUAGGAAUGUCUAUCCUGUGCCUGUCUCAUAUUUUGGAAAUACACAACUAGUUCGGUUUUCACAGGUUUGGAGCUGAAGAAUUUUGCCUCAGCAUGAACUGCGUCUCAUCCAUGUCUGAGUUAUGUGAUAUUGAGAUGACACUUUGGAGUUUGAGUUUAAACAUUAGGCUUCAUGCUGGAAUUAACUGAGACUUUUGAGGCCUUUGGGAUGAGAUGAAUAUAUUUUACAUGUGAUGACAUGGAUUUUGGGGGCCAGAGGUGUAAUGUUUUGGCUGAGUGCCCCCUCAGAUUCAUAUGUUGAAACCUUACCCCCACCCCCACACCCCAAUGUGAUGGUGUUUGGAGGCCCUGUCUCUGGUGGUUUUUAGGAUUGGAGGACAUCAUGAAGAUGGAGGCCUUGUAAUUGGGAUUAGUUUCCUGAUAGGAGUCCCUAGAGAGCUAGCUUUGCCCUUCACCAUGAGAGGGUGCAGUGAGAAGAUAGCUAUUGUUGAACCAGGAAGCAGGCCCUUACCAGACACGGACUCUGCCAGUGCCUUGAUAUUGGACUUCCCAGCCUCCCAAACCGUGAGAAAUAAAUGUUUGUUGAUGAAUUAAGCUUUCCAAUUUAUGGUAUUUUGUUUUAGCAACCCAAGCUAAGACACAAUCCAAUUUUAAAAUGGAGGAAAGGACUUGAAUAGACAUUUCUCCAAAGAAGAUAUCCAGAUGACCAAUAAGCACAUAACAAUGCUUGACAUCUUUAGUCAUUAGGGAAAUACAAAUCAAACUCAAGACAUGCAUAGUGUCUCAUUACGAUUAGUAGUAUCAAAGAUGGAAAACGAGAAAUAUUGGCAAGGAUGUGGAAUGUUGGAGAACGUUGUGCACUAUCACUGGGAAUAUACAGUGGUAUAAGCCUGCUGAAAACAGUAUGGCAGAUCCCCAGAUUAAAAUAUAGAAAUAACAUAUGAUCAGCAUUUCCAUUUCUGGGAAAAUAAAAAGAUUGAAAGCAGUCUCAAA